GAUGAAUACAAAUGAUGUCAACGCGUCAUACUGAACUACAGUCCCUAUCAGCCUUUAGUUUUAGGAAGUGACAUGUUCGGAACUUCCGCCGGCCUCCAUUUUUUCCACAGUCACUCCAUUUUUAGAGAAUAGGUUGGGUGAAAGGAAGAAAAAGCGUAAACACCACCUGCAGGUGUUGGUAACUUCCCGGCAGACACUUGAUCAUGUGGGACGGUCCUCGACCUGGUCCACGAGGAGGUCCACCCUUUCGUGGGGACCCUCGGGGGGAGAUGUUUGAAGGCCGAGAAUGUCCUACACCAGAAUUCAGAGGAAGAGAUGGGAAGCCUAUGGGCCAUAGGCCUCCUGAUAGGCCCCCAAUGGACAUGAGGCGGUUUGACCGUCCCGCCGAAAUGAGACCGAGGGAAAUGGAACCCUUAGACAUACGGGGAAGAGAACCGCCCAGGGACUUCUUCAGGCCAGGGGAGGAGGGCGAUGCUGGCAUGAGGAGGCGAUUUGAUAUGGAAAUGAGAAACAAACUGCAAGGUCCUCCAGACUUUAUGGGGCCUGCCAGGCACCCUUUGGACAUCGGCGGGAGGGACAUGAACCCCAGAGGCUUGAGAGAGCCCAACGAUGCAUUUAUGGGGGGUCGAGAAAGGGAACGAUUCCGCAUGGACAUGCCAGGAUUCAACGAGCCUCCCAUGGACUCUCGCAGACGGCUUCCCAUGGACCUUAGCAAUAGAGAUGAGGGCUUUAGAGACAUGCGUGACAGAGAGCGGCCCCGGAUGGGUAUGGAAGACAUAGACGGAUUCAGCAUGGACAUGCCCCCAAGAGAGAGGGAGAUGAUGGACUUUGAUAGAAGGGGUGGAACCCCGCUGACCCCCAGGGGAAGAUUUGAAUCCGAUGUGGACUUCAGAAACCGUAUUCGACCUUCAGGUGAGUUCAGGGAAAGGGAGAGAUCUCCCCUGAACUUCAGGGAAAACGACGGGGUUCCGAUGGAUGCAAGAGGAAGACCCGAUGGGCCCCCAGAUUUUGUGGCCAUGAACAGACCCAAGUUCAGGGGUGGGGAAGGAAACUUCAGAGACAUGGAGUUUCAAGAACAAAGGGAGCCGUCUUUGGGUUUCCGAGGCAGAGAAGAGAAGUCUCAUUCGGACGAGUGGCAUGGCCGGGAUAUGAGGGACCGAGGGCCCUUCCCGCCGCAUAUGAAGGGGGCACCCCCAUUCCCGAAAGGCCGAGAACGAUUUCCCCCGCCCCGGUGCAGGGAAGGUGACCCUAGCUCUGGGGAGGUUGCGGAUUUCCCCGGAAGAGAAAGGCAACCCUCAGAAUUCCCGGUGGAAAAAGAUGGAUCCUUUGGCUUUCCACAUCCUGGAAGAGAGGGAAUGGACACUCAUGGCUGGGAGAGGAACCCUCCCCCAGAUCACUUUCCCGGUCGAGAUGUGCCUCCAUUUGGCCGCAGAGGUCCACAGGAGCCCCCCCUCCCACACAUGGAGCCUCCUCCAUUGAAUGUUCCCAACCGAGAGAAUGAGGCUAAGCGUUGGCCCAGAGACCCGGACCCCAAACAGAACCAGAACGCACCACCCCGAGGCAGGUCUCCCUUCCUCAGAGGUCCAGAUCCUGCCCAGGGGAAGAGCCAGAUAGGUCAAGACCACGGGGGCCCAGAGGGUCACCCACCCUUCGGGGAACCAAAGGACAUUCUCAGCAAACCAGGACAAGAGGGAGGCAAGGAGGAGUUCCCAGACAACAGCAGCAGUGACUGUAGAGACCAGGACUACAGAGACAUUGAUUACAGAACAGGCUCAGGUCGCGCCUUUGACUACGAGCGCAGAGAUCAGCCAGGAACAGAAAAGCCUUUGAAGGAAUCAAAGCCAGUCCCACCCCAGAGGUUCAAUGAUCCAGCUUCUCAGCUCACAAAGGAUCAAGAUUACAGGAGUGCUUCUGUGAAGAAGGAGGUCUCAAACACCAUCUCCAUUACCGGAAUUCCCAAAACCGCCACUAUGGAACAGAUCCUGGGUGCUUUUGCAGUCCGUGAUGGCGUCCCCAUGCAGGGCAUGAAAAUAAAGAACGUUGUGCCAGGUUACAGCUACGAUACGGCCUAUGUGGAGUUUUUAAACCUCGAGGAUGCAGUCCACUUCAUGGAGUCCAACCAGGGGUCCCUGAAGGUUGGCACUAAAACCGCACUGAUGAGAUACAUCCAGCCAGACAGGAACAGCAAAGAGGCUCCUGAGGCGGUGCAUAAGGACAACCAGCCCCAGGAGCCCCUGCUGCCCACUCCCGGCACAGCAAAGAAGCAGCCCCCCGAGACAGCCAAUCAGGACGGGCACCGGCAGAAGCCGCCUGCUGAUUUGCUCCCUCAGGGGGCGUGGCAGCGGAGCUCUAACCUGACACCAGAGGCCUGGCAGCAGCAGAUGGACCAGCAGCAGCAGCAACAGCAGCAGCAGGAGGCAGAGUCCUGGGGGGCCAGACACCCUCGGCACCCCCCUCGGCAGAUGGACCCCAUCUUUAAAGAGAGCAAGACCAUGAUUAUAAAGAACGUGAAGCCCACCACCACAGUGGAGACCAUCCUGAAAGCCCUUGACCCCUACGCCUACCUGGACGAGAGAAACGUCCGCCUGGUCAGGGGCAAGCCCAUGGGAGCCAAGUGCUUCUGCUUUGUGGACAUGGACUCUCAUGAGCAAGUGGCUCGCCUGGUGGAGAUCUUGACCAAGCCCCCACCCCUAAUGAUUGACGGAGUUCGCGUUUACGUAGAAAUCGCCAAGCCACUGAAAAAUCAGAAUUACAGGAGAGAGUUUGAUCAAUCCAACACCUCUCUCCUGGGGUAUCCCCCUGAUGCUGGAAUGAUGGAGCAGUACUACCCCCAGCCUGCUCCAGCACUGCUGCCAUCUCCAGCUGUAAUUCAAGGGGAUCCAGUGCUACCUGUCAUCAGAGAUCCCAUUGUGUCUUCUGAGCCCCAGCUGAACUCUAACGUGACUCAGGGUGUUCCGUACGCAGAGCCCUCUGCCAUCGAUCACUCCUUCCAGGCCCCUGACGCUCAGGUGUCCAUGGCGACGCCCGCACUGGCAGCGACAGCAGAAGGCACCGACACCUAUAACUACGCUACGGAGACUCCUGAUAUGUCGACUUACCUGUACGAUGCCACGUCUGGGUUCUACUACGACCCCCAGACCACCCUGUACUAUGACCCCAGCUCAAGGUAUUUCUACAACGCUCAGACACAGCAGUACCUGUACUGGGACACUGGGACAAAGGUCUACAUCCCGGUGCCGGGGUACACCACGGACACCCUGCCCCCCGCGGCCAACGCCGCCGUGCCCGUGGCAGGGGCCCCGCCCCCCGAAGCGCAGACCCCGGAGGGGCCGCUGGACGGGAAGAAGGUCACGGACCCAGGGCAGGAGAAGAAAGAAGAGGAGGAGGCUGCGGCUCGCCCGGAGAAGAAAGAGAAAGAGAAGGAGAAAGAGGAGAAACCAAGGAGCCUGGCAGCAUUCAAGAUCAUGAAGGACAUGGAGCGCUGGGCCAAAAUCCAGAACCGGCAGAAGGACAGCGUCCGCGCCCCGUCCCCGGUUCUGAAGAUACCCGGAGCUCCUGAGGACAGGAAGUCCUCCAAGGCCGCCGACGCAGCCUUCGCCAUCUUCGAGAGGAAGGGCAUAGGUGGGGAUGACCUCUUCAAGAAGCCCAUGGCACCACCAAAAAAAGAGGAGAAGGGCUUAAAGCGUCCUAUGGGCUCCCUGGGCCUGCUUGCGGCAGACUACGGGGCCGGCAGCGACGAGGAAGAGGAGGAGAAGCAUGAAGCCCCGCGGGUGGUGAAGCCCCAGCCGGAGGAGAAGGAGGACAAGCUGACGGACUGGAAGAAGAUGGCCUGCCUGCUGUGCCGCAGGCAGUUCCCCAACAAGGACGCGCUGGUGCGCCACCAGCAGCUCUCCGAUCUGCACAAGCAAAACAUGGAGAUCCACUUGAAAAUAAAGAGAUCCAAGAAAGAACUGGAAGCGUUGGAGAACCAGGAGAAACAGCUGAGCUCCAGGGAGACCAGAGACUCCAGCGGCUCUCCAGAAGUCAAGAGGAAGAAAUACCAGAACUCCUGGUCAAAUGCUCCCAGAGAUAUGCACAAGACUUCAGAGCGGCCUGGACUGGGUGCAGAGCCAGUGGAGAGGAAGAAGAAGGAGCCUGUCGUCUGGAACCACGCCACAUACAAGCAGGCCGUGCGCAAGGCCAUGUUCGCCCGCUUCAAGGAGCUGGAGUGACCUCACGUCCUGUCCAGCACAUUCGAGGGCGGGGCUUUGGGGAUUGUGUACGCAUGUCGAAAUCUUUCACUUGUCAUUGGGGUCUGAAACGUCCUGCUCGACGCGGCCUGUCGCUCUCGCUCCAGUUCAUUCCAGGACUCCUCCCCUAAGUCCCCUCAGCCGCACUGAUCUCUCACCGGGAGGGGCCACAGCCCCGGGAGCAGGGCCCCCGAUCAGCGACCAGUGCGGCCACGGGGGGAGAUGGGCGUGGUUUGGAACGGUUCACCUCCCGUGGGGGGGUGCCACGCGUAACCGCAAAACAGCGGGGCCCGUCCGGGUCAGGGGCGGGCCCCUCAGCAGCCGCCUCCAUGACGUCUCGAGAGCCGCCGCUUCCGCGCCUGACUCACACCGUGGCACAGGAGGACCCAGAGAUCCUCUACUCCUGGACUCGACCAGUGGCAGGUGGAGCAGUCCACAGGCCCCUCCGCAACUCAACCACUGCCUUCAGCUCCGAUUAAUGUGUUAGGAAUACAGGUGUAGUGUAGCGUACAGUGGAGUCCUCACGUGUUUGUGAUGUGGCUGAAGUUUAGUAUUGUGAGGUUUACCCUGCAGCCCGACUGUACCAGGCCCACUGUUUCUGCCUCCUGGGCCAACAUCUGGCUUCUGCAGCACAAAAUGUUUUUUGUUUUUUUUCUUUCUUGUUAUUUUAACUAAAUUGAAUUUUUACAUUGAAUCAUUUUUUCCUGGACAUGUAAUGUACUCUAUAUUAUGUGUACACUUUUUUUAGUAAAAAAAGAAAAAAAUCAAA